AUGGAUAAUCCAAACAUUUACGAAAAUUUGAAUAAUCAAAUGCGCGCGAAAAUCAAAAAAAUACUUAACGAACACCGAUUCCACUGGCGGGCAAACGGUACAGAUUCUUUAUUGGAUAUUGGUUUCGGUCCAGGCGAUAUCACAGUUGAUACGUUGUUGCCGUUACUACCACACAAUUUUGAGCGACUGGUCGGUGUUGACAUAUCGAAUGAAAUGGUUAAGCAUGCUCGUCGAAAGUAUUCAUGUGCAAGAGUUUCAUUCCACCAACUGGACAUCGGCAAGAAAAUUGACGAUCAAGCAUUCAACGGAAUCGCUCCAUUCGAUCAUAUAACGUCUUUCUAUUGUUUGCAUUAUGUGAAAAACUUGAGCGUUGCAUUCGAAAAUAUGCACAAAUUGUUGAAAACGGGCGGCGAUAUACUCAUUUUGCACAUUGCACAAGCGGUGUCGUUCAGAAUCUACAAGCGAUUAUCGCAGAAAGAUCAGUGGAAAAAGUACAUGUUCGAUUUGGAUAGUAAUGUCCCAGCCGCGGACGAUGUGGAUCAACAAAUUAUCGAAUUCAAAAAUAUGUUUCGACGAAUCGGUUUCUCGCAUUGUCGAAUCGAUGCGACCAAUGAAACUUACACGUUCGACAACAAAGUUCUCUUCAAACGUAAGAAAUUCAUAAUCCUUUUACCGAGUGUCGCAUAUUAUGGAACUAUUUUCUUUCCAGAAUUUUACAAAUCCGUCAAUCCAUUCACUCAUCGAAUGUCAGCUGAAGACCAGAAUGCAUUUAUUGAAGAUUUUUAUCUGGAAGCUUUGGAUUUCGGCUUGGCAUUGGACGACGCGAAUCAUCCAGCGUGUCGGAUGUCAAAUCGUCAUGUUGAUUUUGUUAUUUAUCUGAAGAAUUGA